UUUUUCUAAUUAAUUGCAGUAAUUGUAAAAAAAUAAUUGUCUAUAUGUUAAAUUAUGUAUCCUUCUUUGCCCUUACACCUCUGACUCAAAUGAAUUCCGAUUUCAUGUGAAUAUGAAGAAAUGUCAGCCUGGUUAUUAGUUUUAAUAUUGGGGCAUUCUUUAAUUUUCCAGCAAGUAGAAAUACUUGUUUCUCCUGUGACUAAAUAUAUUAGCCUAUGUGCAAUACACCUUUACUCUCCUUCCCACGCUCUUACCAUAUAAAAGAAACAAGCAGUUUUGUACCUUACCUAACACUUGGAAAAAACAAAACUUUUUAUAAAUCCACUGCUUUUGAUCCACUUCUCCUACUUUCACCUUCUUUUUAUUUUCUGCUUAUAUGCAUUAUUUUAGGCAUAAUGUAUCCUUUUUUUUUGUUGACUUCUCUUGCUGCUUUAUAGACAUGUACAGACCUACAUUACUUCGUAUUUUCACUUUUUUUCUGCCCAAAGCUUUAUUUAUUCUUCUUAAGUUUAUAACCACCUGUUGAUCUUAAUAUCCAUAUAGUCAUCCAGUCAGCCAUAUACAACUGCCCUAACGUAUGUGCCUGGCCAUUUUUUCCUAAAAGUUAGAAAUUCUUACUUCCAAGCCUACCCUCAAACUAUUGGGAAAAGUUUGUAGCUCCUACGUUGUUCUUUUACAGUGGCCUUCUAGCAGCUACUGCAAGGAAGUGCUCUGAGGGUGGCUGACCGCUGAAACCCUGAUUUAGGCUGGCUUAGGUUGAUGCAGAAUUUCACCUUUUUUCUACCCUAACUUGCUCUGACAUCCAGGAACGGAGGGAACAGGACCUAUCACCCUGCGAAGUUCUAGAUUUGAUAGACAAACAUAAGGCACUCUGGCAUGCAGGGUCCUUUAAAAAUGCUAUUGUAGCUUAUCUCAAUAAAUAAAUCAAAAGCUGCUGGGUGAAAAGUUUGGCCUCUCCUUUUCUGAUAGUCCAGUAGUUAGAGGGCUUGCCCAUACCUCAAAUGAAUUUAUUUUUUGGCCUGGGAAGAUUAAAAUAUAUACAUUGUAUUUCCCAGGAGAGGGUUGUAACUAUCUGGAAAGCUUAACUGUUUAAGCUUUGGAUUCGGCUGGAUGGACAUGCAACAUUUAGGUACGAAGUAGCUAGAGUCCCUGAAAAUUCAGUGACUAAAAAGAUAAAAAGUAUCUAACUUGUCUUUUAUUGGGUCCUACCCUUUUCUUAUUUCUCCCAUCCACAUAGGAGAAAGUGUCUGAAAUCAUAAGGGAGUUUUAUUUUUACUAAUUGGACAGACAAGUGAAUUGAUUAAAUUAGUAGCCAAAAUACAUCAGUCUUCCCUUUAAACGUAUGUAUUUUUAUUUAUUAAUUGGUACUUUUUACUACUUAUUAAUCUUUCUUCCCCUCCCUUAGCUAUUUAUUUUGGUAUAUCUUAGAUCCUUCCCCAUUCUUUUUCAGAACUCUUUGUUCCUGGCUCUGCUUUGCUGUUUAAGCCUUCGUGAAUCACAUUGUCUCUCAUGAAAUAGAGAUACUUGCCUACAUGUAAGAUAUCAUUUAUAUAGUAGCUUGGGGUUAAGAGGUGUUACUAAAGCAUUACAUAGAGAUAGUAGAGGAAGAUGCCUGUUAAGACAGAUCUACUGUUACAUCUGUACAUCUACUGUUAAGUUUUACAUGAAAGUCAUUUGCUUUUCAGAGUGUAAAAAAUGGAUUUGGCCAACCAUGGACUUAUUCUGCUGCAGCAGCUAAAUGCUCAGAGAGAGUUUGGUUUCCUAUGUGACUGCACAGUUGCUAUUGGUGAUGUCUACUUCAAGGCACACAAAUCUGUCCUUGCUUCUUUCUCCAACUACUUUAAGAUGUUGUUUGUUCAUCAAACCAGUGAAUGUGUCCGUUUGAAAGCAACUGACAUACAGCCAGAUAUCUUCAGUUAUCUCUUGCAUUUGAUGUACACUGGGAAGAUGGCACCGCAACUCAUUGACCCCGUUCGACUAGAACAGGGAAUAAAGUUUCUGCAUGCAUAUCCACUAAUUCAAGAGGCCAGCCUUGCAAGUCAAGGAACUUUUUCUCACCCGGAUCAAGUUUUUCCAUUAGCAUCUUCAUUAUAUGGCAUUCAGAUUGCCGAUCACCAGAUAAGACAUCCCACUAAGGUUACAUCAGCAACUGACAAACUCGGGCGAGAACCGAGGCCACAGACUUCACGGAUGAACCAGGAGCAGGUUUCCGAGGGCUCACAGCUCUCACAGCUAGCUACAACUCUGCCACAAGUGACCCGGACAAAUAUGACCACUUCUGACCCAUUGCCAUCAUCUUUAUCUCCAGAACUGGUAUCUGCUGCUGGCAAUAAUUCACCCACAGGAGAAGAAGCCAACAUGGAAGCAUCUUCUUCGGAUGAACAGCCUGCUUCACUCACGAUAGCACACGUCAAGCCAAGUAUUAUGAAAAGGAACGGAAGCUUCCCCAAAUACUAUGCCUGCCACCUCUGUGGCCGCCGAUUCAAUUUGCGAAGUAGCUUGCGUGAGCACCUCCAGAUCCACACAGGAGUUCCCUUCACCUCUUCCCAGCAGGGAGAAAGCAACAUUUCUUUGUCUCUCUGUAACAACACAGCUGAAAAAGAUGCCAUGGAAGUGCCUGAAGCUGGAAUGAUUAGUGACAGUGAGCUGCAGCAGAUCUCAGACUCCCCAAUAAUUGAUGGGCAGCAGCAAUCAGAGACACCACCCCCCUCAGAUAUUGCAGACAUAGACAACUUGGAGCAGGCAGAUCAAGAGAGGGAAGUAAAAAGACGGAAAUAUGAAUGUUCCAUUUGUGGUCGCAAAUUUAUUCAGAAAAGCCACUGGAGGGAGCACAUGUACAUACACACUGGCAAACCUUUCAAGUGCAGCACUUGCGACAAAAGCUUUUGUAGGGCUAACCAGGCUGCCAGACAUGUGUGCCUAAACCAGAGCAUGGACACGUACACGAUGGUGGACAAACAGACUCUGGAGCUCUGUACUUUUGAGGAAGGCAGUCAAAUGGACAACAUGCUAGUACAGACCAACAAGCCCUACAAAUGUAACUUGUGUGACAAAACGUUUUCAACUCCCAAUGAAGUGGUUAAACAUUCGUGCCAAAAUCAAAACUCUGUCUUUACACUAGAGGAAGAUCGCUCCAUUCUGCUAGGUAGUGGGGACACAGAAGCCACAGAGACUGAUAAUUCAGUGUUAGCCUCCAUCAAAAAGGAGCAGGAAGCAGUGUUGUUAGACUGAAUGUGAAACCUAUAUCAAUUUUUUAAAGUUUCUUUAUUCAUUUUUAUUAAAUCAACUUUUUCCUCCCCUUUCUUACCUCACUUCCCCCCGCCAUCUUUUCUACCAUCCUCCUUCCGACCCUUUGUCUUCAGCAACCAGAACUGUACUGGCACAUUAGGAAAUUGGACUUUGCCUCUCCCACCAAAACAAACAAAAAGCUCUAGCAUCAAACCACAACAUAAUUGAUUUUAAUACAAAGGAACGUGUUAAAAAAUAAUCCAGCUAACUAUGUUGAUAGUAUUAGUUAAUCCAAAUUUAAUAGAUUUUAAACAAAGUUUAGGUUACUUAAAAGCAGAUUUAAAUACAAUGAUGAGUGUAAUGAGAGCUCAUGAGUAUGGUGAGCAAAGACUAUAUGUAUUAGUUUCCCUGGUAAAAGGCAUUUUGAGAAGAUCUGGCAAAUCAAACUCCAUGUGCAAGUUAAUUAAGAUUAUAACUUACAAAAGAAACCUCAGAAUUUUUUUCAAUGAAUCCAAGAAACUGUUCAUUGAGUAAAAAAGAGAUGAGGGUGUUGGCGUUUUUUUUGCCGUGUGUUUUCCUUCAAGUAUGCCUUUGUGUAUCUGUUUCAGCUAGCAUCAUUGAUUGAAGCAAAGUAGUUACUUAGUCAAAUUAUGACUCAAGUAGCUGUAAUAAUAAUGUGAUGGCAAUCUUUAUAUAUAUAUAAAAAUACUGUAUAUGUAUAAAGAUUUAUAGAGAGAGAGAAAGUGUUUGUGUGUAUAUUUGGUACAGGUAAAUAAAUGCACACAUCUUUUUUAAGCACCUGGCCAUCUGCUUUCAGAUUCAACCCAAAAGGUCUUUUAGUUGUUUGACAGAACUAGUCAUUGCACAGAUUGCUUUUAACCAAAUUUAAAAUGUCCUGAGCUGUGUGCAUUUUUAUUGACCUGUUGAAAAGAAGCUAAUGUGGUAAGUGUUGUCACACAAGAUACAAAGGGAACUAGAGAAGUGACAUACUGGUGAGCCCUGUACCAUCACUGGUGCAGCACGCGCAUGUGGUGGUAGCAUAGUUUUGAGUCAUUCUGGAUGAACGGAGAGAGAAGAAACUUUAUUGCCUUACUCAGGCAAGGAAUGUCCAUGAUUUCAUUUGGUCUAAUUGCAAGAGCUAAGAUGAAGAAAAAGUAGUACAGAGACCUACGAGCAACAGGGGAUCAUGGUUGUUUUAAAGUGAAUCUGUAGUCCUGAACUGGCGAAUUUUGCUCUUAGAGAGUCCCAUUAUUUUCAAAGCCAAGACAAAGUCUGCAAAAACUGAAAGAAUGAAUUGUGUAGUUUUAGUUACUGCUAUCGAUAGCACUGCAUCUUUGUGUUUAAAAUCAAGUUGUUGAUUCUUAUUAUUUUAUAUAAAUGCCCGGAAUUUUUGCCAGUAGCCUAAAACUCUAAACUGAUAGCAGCACUGAGGCCCACGAACAAUUCUUGGGCCAACAGAAGGCUGCAGCAGACAGAAUAAGCGCCCCAUCAUAAAUGGAGACAGUGUGUGUUUUGGGGGGAGGGAUGGGAGAGGGCAAGUCACAAACCACAGCUCUACUCUGUGUAUACGUUUAAACUGAAUAUCAUCUUUUUGUGUAUAGUUAAGUUCUCAGAUUUGUAAGUUUUUAUACAUCAUUUCAUUGAAUAAAAACUGAAUUAAAUGG